AUGCAUGUGGGUGGUACCCAUUUGCUUGGCAUCUCAACUUCCCCGAAUUGUCAAGUUGAUGCAGUUCGAGAUGAAAAUUAUUCAUCUGGAGAUUCACUGUGUUUAACUGCUGGACCUUCAAUUGGGGAAACACCUUGUCAGGAAGCAUCUGCAGCUUCAGGACUGAAAGCCAAGCUCUGCUCAAGAGGCAGAAAGUGCUCGAAAUGUAUACAGCAGGUCAAUUCAGCGCCCACUUUAAUGCUGUGGAGAUGGGGUGAAAAGAAGAGGAGAGUUUUAGAGGGGAGAAAGGUGGCAUGUAUCCUUUUGUCUGCUUCACCCAUCCGUCUGUCUGCCCACUUGUCUGUCUGUCUACCACUAUGUGCCCAUUGA